UAAACCGUUUGUUUGGCGUUUAUGGCAACGCUCUAACAUAGUAAGUUUUGCAGUGCAGUAAGGAAAUGACUUUAACUUUAAUUCGCUUGAUACAUCAUUCUGGACAAAUACAAAAAUGGAUGUUAUAUCGCUUUUGUUUAACGUUCAAUGUUAGAACAUUUUGAAUACAUUAAUAUAAUUGCCAUCAACAAUCAAUAUUGAAGUUCAUUCAUAUUUUUUUUGAGUGAAGGAUAAUGAUACGGAUGUAUACGUCAACUGUGUUAUUAAUUUGAAAUAUAAAAAUAAUUUUCCGGAUACAAGGUUCCAGAAAUAUACAAGAUAGAAAGUGGAAACUGAACAAGUGUAUAGAUGACAAAUACCAUGAUUCAAGAGGCACAGGAAAAACACACAACUUGUUCGCGUUAUGAAUGGCGUCAAACUAUCCUUCAGGAUGAGAUGCUAUUUGAUGAUCACACAGGAGUAUGUCGGGAAUAUUUUAAAAUGGGUGGUCGGGGUCGCAGAUGUCGGAAAAAGAAUAUAUGUUUGGUGGUGUGCAAUUCAAUCGGGUUGGCAUUAAUUCUUACAGCGGUCUUCAUUCCCAUCAAAAUAAAGGAUGAAAACAGUACUGCAACAGGAAAUCCAUUGUCUACUAGAAAUGAUACUAACACUAGCCGAAAUGCAAAAUUAGAUUUCUCGCAGUCUACUGGUUCUCAAACUACAGAUGGAGCAUCAGAUGUUACACCGUCUUUUCGUGACCCCAGAGCGGGACUUCUGAUUUUAGGCAUAGCAAUAAUGUUCUCGACAUGUGUUUGGUGGAUACAUUCCAAAUCACUUGAAAAAACAAAUUGGAGAAGCAUCAACGGUGAAAUCAUUGAUGACAUGGAAUUAGAAACCAUGACUUCGAGCCGCCCCACGGAAAACCAAUCCACACUUUUUCUUAAAGAAAAUGUAUAUGUCAUAAGUAAAAAAUCAAAUGAUACUGUUGAAAAUGUCGCUGAAGAUAAUACUUUUAUAAUGAAAUCAGCCACAAAUUUUGAUAAUAUCAGUAGUCAGCAGGCCCCAAAUAAACGCUUAAACGAAAAGGAAGAUACACCAAUCCAAGCAAAAACACACAGACAGGCCAGUGACGCUAAUUAUCAGCUAAACUCUACCGCUGCAGAAGAACCCAAUUACACAACGUUAAGAGAAGAUGAAAUUAUCCCGGGGACAGUGGAUGUUCCUAAUGCAAGCACCGAGUCGAAGACGAACCUUAUGAUAUGGUCAGAUGUUAAUAAUAAGCCUAUAUUGGCAGCGGCAAAUCGAUGUAAAGAAACAUUUAGUCACUUGAAAUAUAGGGUUCAAGUUUCAGUUGUUAAACCGUUAAAAUCCGGAGACGAGAAUAAUACUCAAACUGAGCAAAAUAAAGCACAUCAAAAUGAUAACAACAGCCGUCUAGACUGGAACAAGGUGUUUAAAUUUCUUGCUGAAAAUUUGCCACCGACAAAUUACAAACUAUUCUUUGUAAGUUUAUAUGACCACCUACCUCAAGGAAUGGAUAUUGAUACAAGGAUAAGUAAAACAGAAUGCGACUUUAAGUCUGGAGGAACGACAACUCUGAUAUUUGAGCUGUUCAAGUCAUGGAAACAGAUCCUUGGAACUCGAGCGAAGCCAUCUCUGAUUGAAAAUGCUUUGUCUGAGAUGAAUUACAAUGAUGUACGGAAUCGGUUUCAAGAUUAUAUGAGAGAACCUCCUUUGCUGCCUAAAAUUGUCGAGUCAACAAAACCGCCAUACGAGUACCCGCUUACACUUCCGUAUCAAAGACCACAGUUUAACAGACCAAUACCGCAGGAGUCACAAGUACUAGCAUUAUAUGAUACAGUUCAAACACAGUCGUGCCUAGCUUGCAGAACAAAGUUCCAGAUACAGACAUAUGAGGAGAAUAGAAUCGCAUAUGUAUGCCAUAACCAAAACAACCAGUUAAUGUUAGGAAACUCACCAAGCACAUCUGGUCAGAUUGCAUAUAAUAUAUCAAGCUCCUUUAAGAUAGACGAUAAAGUGAAAGGUGAGAAACGUCGCUGGACUGAUACAGAUUCGUCUGAAUCCGAUAGAGAUGGCACAGAGCGCAAGUACAGUAGAACCAAGCAUUCAUCUGUUUUGUUUCAACCAUCCCGUAGAAAAGAGAAGAAAAAAAGGGGCAAACACCCUAAACAAAGUGCAACACUUGUCCCUUGGGAAAAGGUUGAUAAGGCCUUCAUCAUAAAUCUCAUGAAGAGUUAUCUUCCACUCGGAAGCCAAAUGCUGACGGAGGAUCAAUAUAAUGUGUUUAUGUACCACACUGUAUCCAUUAUUACAGCAAAGACCGGUGAGUGUGAAAGUGUCGUUACAUCCCUAAAAAAAGAAGACUUCGAUGAAGCUAAGGAACUGAAAACUAAACGUGGACACGUAAGCUAUACCAUUGAUAGUGAAACAGCUUUACUUAUGCUCGGUCAAGAUGAAUGGGAUUGCCUUAAACUAUAUGCCGUACAUGCUCGAGAAAGUGUUCUGAAAAGACUGAAGACGGAUGAAAGGAAAUUGGCUUGCACGGAAUAUUUGUUCAUUAGCUUUAGUGGUCAAUCGAUUAUUGAACAGAAUGAUGAAGUACAUGAAAUGAGUCAUGUAACUGAAGAGGUCUCUGACUCCAUCGCAGAUACAACACCGGACAACUCUACUUCUACUGACGAAAUGACUGUAAAGUAAAGAUGGAUAGCAUAAAAGUGCAAUCAGAAUUUCUAAGAAAUCUGCGUAGCAAUAAAGACAACUUUAUAUUUAUAGGUUACAAUAUAGAUUAGGCAAACGUUCUACCAUUUUAUUAGUUUUGUAUGGUCCGCGUUGCCUGUUAACAUCUUCCUUUACCCCUGAUUUCUCAGUGAGCUAAAUAUACAUUAAAAGGUUAAACUGACAGCAACAUUAUCUGAUAUGCUGUUACAUACAGUGUUUUCACAGGCUGCGUAACCUUGAGGUAAAAUGUAGCAUUCAUGAAUGAAUUAUAGUUCAGAAUUGCAAACAAAUCUCCUUUCUGUUGUAUGAUACAAAUGUUAUCAUUUGGACUCCUUUAUCAGUGAGCAGUGAAUUUGUGUAUUUCACUGUGAAUUCACCAUAUAUGUUCCAUUCUAAUACUAGUAAUGCCCUUUCAUUUUGCUUAUGCGCAAAAGUUUCAUACUUGAUUAAGUUCAAUUUUUGAUAAUAUUAUUAAACAUGAAAAAUCUAGGUGCAUGCGUCAUUCCUUAUAAGUUAUUUUAGCCAACCAUUAUGAGAAAUAAAGGAAGUAUUCUAUGAGUAUAAAAAGCAUUUGCCUGAUAAGUUCAGAGACGAAAUAAAAUUAUACCCGACUUCUUUUUCACCUUUUUUUCGAAAUGAAGUCAUCUUGUCUUUUUAGAACGAUUACUUUAAUAAGACAUAUCUAUGCAGUGGCUUUAGUAAAUGGGGUUGAACUAGGUACGUGAGACCGCCAUGAAAUGAAGUUUCAAAUACACAGGAAGUCAGAUUACCAAAUUCACAUUAGGCAGCAUAUAUUGAGCAUAUUUUUAAUGUCCUGUUUAAGGCAUUUACCUAGAUUUUUUUCUAAUGAACUUAAAAAUGCUUUUAGAUUUAUUAGUCUCGCCAGCCUCGAUGUUAUCCAAUAAACUUAGAUUUGUUUUUGCAUCUUUACAUCGUUAUAUCGUAGGUCGUGUUUAGAUAUGCGAUUAAUUGUAGUCUUUUUGUUGUUGUUGUUUUUUCUUUCUUCUUUUUUGUAAAUAGAAGCUGAUGCAAAAUAUAUCUUGUUAAGCCCCUGAGUAUUUUGGUGGUGAAUUGGAUCUCGUUCAAUUCCUCAAUGUGAGGUUACAUCCGCUGAUGCAUUAGAAUACUGGAUAUGUCCAUGAAUGAAAUUUGUUUGGUAGUUCACGAGUUAUAUUUUUGAGGAAGAAGCAUUUCAUGGUCUAGAUCUAUAUCUCUGUUAAAAGUUGCUAGUUUGCAUCGAAUAUUUUACAGAGCUAGGUCAUCAUUCGUAUAGUGGAAAUGAAAAUGUGAUUUUUACAUCUGGAACGUCUGAUAAGAUAUAUUUAAUCUUGUAAAUGUGAGUUGACUGGAUAAAUAUUGAAGUGGUCCGCGCAAAAAGGUACCAAUCUCCUUUUUUGUUUUGGUCAAAAUUGAGUUAGGACCUUUGUGGCAUAAAAAAGAACAUUCCCCAACGGAUUAACUCCCCUUAGCAGCGUAUUCUUUUCUUCUUUUUUUUUUUGGAGAGUAGAACAUGGUAUUUCAGGUAUGCAACAUUAGGUCUAACUCCACAAUGAGUUGACAUCAAAGAGUUCAGGGCUUUCAUAGCUGUUUUUGAUAAUAAAAAGAUCACAAGCCUUGUGUAAAUGGACUACAUUUUGUAUAUUAAUAAUUUUAAAAAGCAUCAGGUAUGUGACAUUGAUAUAUUUCAUUGAUAUAUUCAGGUAAAAUGAUGCUCAAAUCAUGGUUUAAAUAUCUAGCAAAAAUGAUCCUAAUUCCAUGGACUUAGAACCUUUGUUGCAUAACUCCAUGGACUAAGAACCCUUUUUACAUACCUCCAUGGACUUAGAACCCUUGUUGCAGAACUCCAUGGACUAAAAACCCUUGUUGCAUAAUUCCAUGGACUUAGAACCCUUUUGCAUAACUCCAUUGACUUAGAACCCUUGUUGCUUAAACAUACUCGACAAAAACAACUUUUUAGUUAAAAAGAAUGAUAUUAAUAUUGCAAAAUACACGGAUCUUAGUACUGUGACUGUUUAAAUAGUAUGCAAUGUAUGGAUGCAGUUAUUUUGGGAAAUAUCACAACCGAAUUUUACAAAAACGCCUUUUUCCAACAUUGUUAUGAAAUGGAGAAAGGUACUUUUUUGCAAGGACCACUUCAAGGUGAUUAGUGUACAUAGCAUACGGGAGUACAUAGCAUACGGGAAUAUGUCUUUUUAAAAGGAAUUCCUAUAGUUUUUUAUGCGCAUCUUUCUGCGCAGCCGACACUUUCUAUGAAAAACUGAACUGAAGUCAACAUUUGUUGAAACAUGUUACAGACAAUCUUAAAUAUGAGGAAUUUUGAAUGAAAUAACAUUUUUGAUAAGUUAUAUCAGUAAUCAAAUGUUGAUACUGGUUUAUGUUGUAUUGACAAGUAUCAUGCCUGACAGGUAUCUUGCUAUUUUUGUGGUUGUGUUUUCACAUCGCAUUUUAGUCCAAAGACAGUGUUGUUCAUAUAAUGUAACAUAAUUGACUUAGUACUGAUAAGACAAUAUCACCUUUCAGAUUAUUUAGUAUUCAAUUAUAGAAAAAAUUAAGAAUUUUUAAAACUUUUUUUAACUUUUAGCAGACAUACAUGUAAUCAAUUUGGCCUGGUUCGCGCCAUUUCCGUCCGAACAGGUGUUGUAUUCUAGCGGUCUUAACAUAAAAUUUAGCCUGGUGACCCAUACAUUUUUAGCCAUUUUUAUGCUCACAAUACAAUUAUCUAUACACAAGAAGAAAAAGAAAAAAUUCUAUGAAAGAGUUUUGUCAAAAUUUAAAAAAAAUAUUCUUCACUAUGGGUAGUUUUCAUUGAAAAAAGUUCACAAAAGUAAAUACGAAACAAUAUUUUUUUUCAUUUGUACCCAUUAUUGUAAGGAUAGAGUAUUACAAAUAUGACUAUGAUAUCAAAUAAGUAUAUAAUAAAAUCUGUAAAAAGAAAAAAACAUAUUGUGCUGCCUGGAUGUAUAUUUUGGUUGGUAUUUAUAAAAAAAAAACAGAAAAUUAUGAAAAUGUUGAAAAACCGCUGACAGUUUCAGCAACAGUGGGUGUGUUCAAAACAAUUUUUCACAAAAACAAGCCUGGUGACCUAUUGUUUUUAUUUGUUCAUUGUUUUCAGCACAAAUUUUCCUAUCAUAUAUGUGAAUUAAAAAAAAUUCUAUGAAAGCAAAAAAACUAUACGAAUUCUCUUUAACUCUGUGCUGUUAUAUUUCUGGUCCUUUUGGAUCAUGACGCACGUUCAAUUUUACUAUAACCAUAAAUUCAGCUUAAGCCUUGUGCUAUGGGCAUGAAGGUUUGCACACUUCAUUACCUCUCUUAACCCUCAACCUUCGGAAUCUAUAUAACGGACUGAUCGAUCGUUUAAUUUGGGCAGUACAGCUUAUUAUUCUGCAUAGCGAACAGCGCAGACCAUGAUCAGCCUGCACGGAUGUGCAAGCUGAUCUUGGUCUGCACUAGUCGCAAGGGCAAAACCACUUCCCGCCAGCAGGCUAAAGGUUAAGCAGAUUGCAAUUAUUUUGACUGAAUGCGUCUCAUGUUUCCAGCUGAUCUUCUGAUAAUUUUUUUUUUCUGCUGAUGUAACAGAAAUGUACACCUGUCUUUUUACGAACUUUAUAGAUAUUCUUGUCGCUUAAUAGCAAUUUUGUUUAUAAAUAAAAUACAAUGUGUUUAACUUUUUUUAUAUGCCACUGAUAUAUACAUCGUAUAAAUGAAAUGUUUUAUGUGCUAUUUAUAAGAAAGAUAUCUUUGUUAAUCAGAAUUAAAUAGCUCCUCAUUAAACUUAUUUUUGUUCACUUAUUGCUGCAUACA